AUGGUUACUGACGUCGCGUGGACGCCGGCCAUCACGGCACUAACCUUCUACGCCUUUGUUAUUGUUGUAGCUGAAAUAUGUCGGAAAUUGGUGGAGAGGGUCGUCCGCAAGGGUUCUGUAACCUACGUAUUCUUCAUGGAACUCAUCGCUGUAACGCAACAAUGCACAUGUGUUUAUGAAAAUGGUGAGUAAUUGUAAUUAUGUGGGCAAAUGAAAGUUUUUUGUUGUAGUAGGUUUUUGGAUACGGUAUGGUGAAAGUAAGUGGAUUUUAAGGGGUUUAUGGUUGAUGAAUUGGGCUCAAACUUGGCAUAAUAAUAGAAAAGGGUAUGGGCGAUCUUUUACAAUAUGAACUUUUGAAUUUUGAGGUGUUAUCUUUCUGUUUUGUUUAAAUUCAUCAAGAAUAAUAUCAUCAUGAUGUUGUUGAUCCCGAUUUUUUGAUUUUUCUUCAAAACUACAUGACAUUUCUUUCUGAAUCUUACAAAAUACGUUUAGAAGACCUUAGGCAUUCUACUUGCUAAAUUUCAGCCAUAAUGAUCAAGAAUUACGGGCCAGCCGGCUUUUUUUUCGCCGUGUUUACCAUAGCCUCAGUGACCUCACAAUACAACAGAGGAGCCUAUCUCUCGCCAUUCCUACCAAUUGAAGCCCUAUAUAAGGAAGCAAUGAAGACGGAGACCUUUUUGGCCAUCUUGACGGCCCAAUCACUUGGUGGAUAUGCUGCAUCGAGGGUGGCUGAUGGGUUAUGGUACUAUACGAUGAGUUAUUCGGCCGAACAUGCUGCAUUGUACACGAAUCUGCCUUGUGCUAUCAGUUUUAAGGUAAGGUUUUGGUUUUGAAGGGUUUUUGAGUUAAAAGUUUGUUUAUGAGGGUGUUAUUUGUUUGAUAAGGGGGUACUAUCUUUGGGCAGAUAGUAUAUUAUACUUGAUAAAAAACGACGAAACGCUUAAAAUAUAAGUUUUAAUGGCCGUAAAUUGAACAAGCAAUAAGAGGAUGGAAAUUUUAGUGCUAUCUAAACACUAUGUUCAAUAUAAAAUGGCAGUAACAGGUUAGAGAUCUAAAAUAAUGUAAAAUUUAAGCCUAACUUGCCUACUACAAUAUAUAAAUGACGUUUUAGGUGCCAUAUAUAGCAGCAUUGGGAUAUGAAGUUGCCGGAUGCUUUGCACUACGCCUGUUGCUAUCCAGGGUCAGCGUAGCUUACAGGAGGUACAUUAUGCCAUUGGCUACAGCUGGAGCUCUCACGUUUGGUAAGUCCAAGAUCAUUCGACUAAUUUUCAAAAUACCAAAGUAAAUGUACAAUAUAGAUAUAUGUCUAUAUCUUCUCAUUUCAGCCCUUGUCUACAUUGGUGUCCCAGCCUUGAACCCAGUCACAACCUCGUCCAGAGUCCUCGGCUGUCCUGGCCUCGACCUCCAAUGGUUCAUGAUCACCUACUGGACUGCCCCUGUAGUCGGCUGGAUGCUGGCCUCAUAUGUUGAUAAGAAUGCAUUAUUUAAAAAGCCCAAGGCUGCAAAAACCAAGAAAAACAAAUAG